AGAACCGCCCCAGCGCACAAGGCCACGCCGCACCACCGCACCGCGCGCACCCCCUCCGGCCCCCCUCCGCCCCGACCCGCGUGAAGACGGCAGCGCCAUGAGCUGAGCCUGCACCGCGACCUCUCACGUGCGCACCCACACCCGCUGCCCGCAUGCCCGCCCGCCCUGGCUCGCCCGGCCGAGGGCGCUCGACGAGCCCGCGGCCGUUGAUCGCGCCCGAGCACGAGGACGACGACACGAGCCUCAUUGACGGGCUGCCCGAUACGCGCCAGCUGCAGGCCUUUGGCCGCAAGGUCACGGCCACGGCCAGCAGCCUGAUGGGCACCGACGGCGUGGCCCAGCACUACCAGAACGCGCUGGGCGAGCUGCACCGCGAGAUUCGGCGCCCGAUGCUGCAGCGCUCCGUCUUCUCGUUUGCCAACACCACGCCGCGCGAGAUUGUGCGCUCGCGCAUCUCCGUCCCCGAGAUCCAGCAGCGCGCCCUGUCGUACAUCCCCGACGAGAUCCUGCACAACAUCCCCGAGGACACCAACGAGUUCUCGCUGUUCCAGGGCUUCCAGGCCUCGCUGCCGGACGAGCCCAUCGCCGGCGCCCGCCCCGCCAAGCGCAAUGCCCGCGGCCAGAAGCUGAUCGGGGAGGACCUGGACGACGGCGCCAACACGCCGCCGUCGAUGCAGAAGCUGCAGAACCAAAAGCACAGCAUGAGCCACCGCCUGGAGAUGAUGGGCGUGCGCAAGCACAUGUGCGUCGCCGAGAUCCUCGAGAUCGACAACAAGAUUGCGAAUCUCAACACGCUGCGCAAGAUGACGCUGGACCGUCUGGCGGGGCUGGAGAUUGAGGAGGCCGAGCUCGAGCAGGACCUGCUGGGCGUCGACAACCGCAUCGAGGAUCUGCAGGAGGAGCUGGACGACGCCGCCGCCCUGGCGCCCAAGUCGCCCGAGCGCCCGUCGACGGCAGAGGAGGACGCCGAGGCCGAAGACAGCUUCAUGUCCGAGUCCAUCUACAAGAAGAUUGCGAGUCCCAAGUCGAAGAAGCACGCCCGCCGCCCGAUUCGACGUAUUUCGAUGCCCAUCCUGCACGAGCAUAUCGAGGCAGGCUCGAAGAUCAAGGAACUCCCCGCGCACAAUGACAGCAUCACGGCUAUGGACUUUGAUGCCCCUUGGGGGACGCUCGUGACUGCAUCGUUGGAUGAUACAGUGCGAGUAUGGGACUUGAAUGCUGGACGCUGCAUCGGCAUGCUCGAGGGCCACCUCUCGUCCGUGCGCUGUCUGCAGGUCGAGGAGAACAUCGUCGCCACGGGCUCCAUGGACGCCACCAUCCGCCUGUGGGACCUCAGCAAGGCCGAGUACGCGCCCCUCGACAACCGGAUCAACAAGCAUGACGACGAGGAUGAGGACGGGCUGGCGUUUGAGAACUCUGCCGACGCUCCGCCUGCACCCCCGCCAACGAUCAUGCAAGACUGCCCCAUGUUUUCUCUCGAAUCUCACGUCGACGAAGUCACGGCCCUGCACUUCCGCGGCGACACCCUGGUGUCUGGCUCUGCGGACAAGACGCUGAGGCAAUGGGAUCUCGUCAAGGGCCGCUGCGUGCAGACACUCGACGUGCUGUGGGCUGCUGCCCAGGCAUCUGCAACAGACACCACCAGCAAUGGGCAGUGGCGCGGCACCGGCCGGACCAUGGACGCGUCUGCAGACUUUGUCGGCGCGAUCCAGGUCUUCGAUGCCGCGCUGGCAUGCGGAACCGCCGACGGCAUGGUCCGCCUGUGGGAUCUGCGCAGCGGGCAAGUGCACCGCAGCCUCGUCGGCCACACAGGCCCCGUCACAGCGCUGCAGUUCGACGACGUGCACCUCGUCACUGCCAGCGCGGACCGAAGCAUCCGCAUCUGGGACCUCCGCACCGGCUCCAUCCACGACGCCUACGCCUACGACCACCCGGUCACAAGCAUGAUGUUCGACAACCGCCGCAUCGUGUCCGCCGCCGGCGAGGACGUCGUCAAGGUCUACGACAAAACCGACGGCCGCCACUGGAACUGCGGGCCCGGCGCGCUGGAAGACGAGGGUCGCAAGAGCGUCAUCGAGCGCGUGCGCAUCAAGGACGGGUAUCUCGUCGAGGGCCGCAAGGACGGGACUGUCGGCGUGUGGUCGUGCUAGCGCGUGGGAAACACGUAGCGUAGUGUAGUGUAGUGUACAUAGAAGCCGGGCUGGUGUCCUGAGGCAUGAAGUGGCGUGGCGGAUGUUGUACGAAUAGAUUCAUGAUCCAUCCACUCCAACACACCCACGCAACCCUCCCGCUAAAAACAGCCCACAAUUCGAG